AUGGCAUUCUCUGAAAGGGUUACUGGGUCUGAUUGCGCCAGCCCAAUUGAUUCAAAGCACCUUAUCCACCACUCAUCACAGGAAAAUCUCUUUUGUACGAUUUUGGUCCAUUAUUUUUACCAAAGGGCCAUCACCAAGUUGAAGCUUCGUGUUAUGCAAGAUGCCUUAAUGUCCAACAUUUCAACCCUUCACACCACUGGAAUCAUUGUUGCAUACAUUUCCAAAUUUGCUUUUGUUGGCCCCAUCCAUGAAGCCAUGCUUCGUCAUGUGCCUCCUACCAGCAAAGUCCUUGACGGAUAUCGUAUUAUUCCCACCUCAAGGUUUUGUCCCUUAACUCCUGAACAUUACAUUUGCAUUGAGGAAGAUCAGCAUGUUCGUAACGAGGAGGACCCACCCUUUCACAACGAGGAAGAAGAACCUGUUCACAACGAAUUUGUUCCAUCUCCUCCUCCUUCACCUAAAAAUAUAACCACUUCCACCCCAAUUAAUAUUGCACUAUGCCCUCCACCAGUUUCAUUUCAACCCUAG